AUGGAGAAAUCGAUAAAAGAUACCAGUCCAAGAAAAUUUUGAUUAAUCAAAAAAUACUACAUUGAUUUUCACAUCAAGCAAACAAGAGAUUGGAUCAGUGCAGAUCAUCUUCCUGAAGAUCUUGAGUUUAUUAAGGAAAUAUGUGAAAAUUAUAUAGACAUUGAUAAAAUAUAAAAGAAACAGUUUUAAAACUCAAAAAUAUUAAAGAUCAAUGUGUCAGAACUAGUGAAGCUCGCAAUAAAUACUUCAAGCUUGUGGGAGAAAGAGAAAAUGCUAAUGUCAACGUGUUCAGAAAAUGGAGUUUUGGUGCCAUUCCAUUAGGAAGAACAAAAGAGAAAAAGGUAGAGGACUUCGACUUGGAACAUGGAGAAGAGAUAAAAAUGCUGAAGAAAGGAUUUGAAGAAGAGAGGGCUAAGACUGAAAAUAUGAUCGAUAAUACAAUUUUAAAAGAGAUUGAACAGGAAGUUAAGAGGAAUGUAGAUGGUUUCAAAGAAGACAAGGCAGCGCAGAGAACAGAGGAGUUGUUGAAGAAUAUUUUCAGGAGCACUUCUCCAGGAAGAGAAUUGGGAAAAGACACUGGAGAUAUAGCAGAGAGAUGUUAUACAGUAGAGAUUGGAAGGGACAAAGGGAGGGUGAACAUGGUGUUUGGGCUGGUUGAGGGGGAAGAAGAAGUGGAAGAGGUCAAAGAGAGGGUGUUUGGGAGGGAGAGAGGGGAAGAGGAUGGGUGAUUGGGAGGUGUGAUAGGGGAUAUGUGAGAGGAGGUGUGAUUUGUGUUAGGGGAAAAGGUUCAAGAAGAGAAGGAAGAGUUUUUUAAAUAUUCUGGGUUUUGUCAUUUUAUUGACUUGAUUAAGAUGUGAGAUCUUUCGAAUGUUGAAACUAUUAUUUUGCAGAAUUUUUAUUUCAAGGAUGAAGAGUUAAAUGAAAUUUUGGAUACAGUUAUUUGUGCUUCCACUAUUAUGCUUGAAUUUAAAUAACUGUGAGUUUGAAAGUUCUCAGGAACCAAAUUUAGUCAAAGAAAAGCAAAAGAAUUCUUGUUUGUUAGAAAAAGAUUCAUUUGUUUGAAAGUCUUUUUCAACACCGAAUCCAACUACCCAGGAUGAAAUGCGGGGGAAUAGCUAUAUUAAUAAAUUCUUACAACAGAAGCUAUCAAAUCUAAAAGAAGAAAAGGACGCAAAACAAAAAGCUCUAAGAUCUCCAAAAAGAGUACCUCUGUAUGGCCUCUCCUUCAUUGAAUGUUCUGUAUCUAGCUCAGACAAUCAACAAUGUGAAGAACUAAAAAAUUCUGAUCUUUAUCAUAAUAACGAAAAUUUUGCAUCUUUUCUGACAAGACUUCCCUCAUUUUCUAAAGCUCUAAUGACGUUUAAAAUUAACCAAAUCCUUUCAAAAAUAUCUUCUGAAGGACAAGCUCAUGCUCAGUAUAAAGGAAGAGGCUUGGUUUCCCUUACUUUGAAGGACUGAUAUCUCCCAGAACCAGAUUAUGAGUUUAUUAAGAAAAAGUGGUCCAAUCUUGCAAUAUUCAUUGUCUCCGAUUCUCCCCUCUAAACCCCCUCUCACCUUCACUCUAAAAUUUCCCACUUCAAUUUUCC